AUGCUCUCCACACCCCUCAACAUCCCGAAAUGGCUGGAAGAAAACUCCCAUCUCCUCAAACCUCCGAUCAACAACUACUGCGUCUAUAACGAUGACAUGACCGUCAUGAUCGUCGGCGGUCCUAAUGCCCGAACAGACUACCAUAUCAACACCACACCCGAAUGGUUUUACCAAUACCGGGGCACUAUGCUCCUCAAAGUUGUCGACGGCACCGAAUUCAAAGAUAUCCUCAUCCCGGAAGGUAGCAUGUUCCUGCUACCACCAAACACACCACAUAACCCGGUACGGUUCGCAAACACAGUAGGCGUCGUGCUAGAGCAGCCGCGGCCGGCGGAUAGUGUCGAUACUUUGAGAUGGUACUGCGCGAAUGAAGCGUGUAGGCAGAUUGUAUAUGAGGAGAGCUUCCACUGUACGGACUUAGGGAGCCAGAUCAAGGAGGCGGUUAAUGGGUUUAAGGAAAGUGAGGCGAAGAGGAGGUGCAAGGCUUGUGGGACAAUGGCGGAGAGUGCGCCGAGAGAAGGUGAGAUUAAGGAUCCGAAUUUGUGA